AUGACUUCGCCUGACUUUGUACAGCAAGCGGUAGGACCGCUAGGACUUCCUCAGAUGUUUUGGAACGACUUUAGCGUUUCGGACGAAAUCUCAAGGAUCACGUACAGCGUCAACGCCAACCACUUCCCAGCUAAGUUGUGGAUACUGGUGAACGAUCCCCGCAUCAAGUCCAUCUACUGGGACGAGGCGGGGGAGGAAGUGGUGAUCGUACAGAGCCAGUUCAAGGACGAAGUCUUGGAGAAUCGCCAACUGGACGUCUUCAACACUGCCAACUGGGACAGCUUCGUCAGGCAACUCAACCUCUAUCAGUUCAAGAAGAACAUCAUGGCAGCCAGACAUGAAGGCAACAAGGACAUCCAUCGAUUCCGGAACAGGUACUUCAGCAAAAGCCAGCCAGACCUGACUAUGGUGAGGAGGCAGAAGAAGAGGAAGAGGCCAGACAGCACAGGUCCUGAGGACACACCCAAUAAGGAGAAUUACCCACCAAAUCGUAUGGGACCCCCUGGUUCAACACCCUUUCCCCACCCCAACGGCAGUGUAGGAUUCCGACCAAUCCCCAUACCAAAUGGCCAGGCUGCUAUGCCAAACAUGCCUUUGGGAUCCAAUGGUAGCAUAGCUGUCAACAACGGAUGGGCCCCAACCUACAGUGGGGAGAGGCUGCCCCAGUUCAACUCAUUCUCCCAGUCAUCCCCCAUGUACGGGUACCAAACGCAGCAGUGCUACCCUAUGGGUGGGCAGUUCCGAGCUCCCUACAUGCAGCAGCGUUACCCACAACCAACAGGUUUCUCCACUCCCAUCACCCAGGGCCCCAACAGGCUCCCCGUCCAAACCUACAACUACAGCCCGUAUGCCACACAGGCAUUCGACUACAGCGGCAUCCAAGCAACACCUAGCACCAUGGACAGGAACGACUCUGGGAACCAAGGGGAUGCAAAGGUUGUGGUGGAGUUCAUUGACGAGAAGCAACAAGAGUUCCUACAGGCUAUCAAGGCCAUCGCCAGUGUGACUGACUUCCAUCCCAAGACAACAGAGACUAACAUGAUCAUCUCUGGGGACAUCGCCAUCAAGGUGGAAGGAAACAACACAGUGAACGACUCUGGAGUGUGGGAUAUCAAGGACAGCAUGUCGGACACUGGCUCUCCCCCUGAAAAUGCCAUCCUUGCAACCAUUAGUGGUCCAAGCUCUACUGUGCUUCCCACUGCCCAGUCCAUUGUCCAGUCGGGACAAAAUCAGGUUGCUGAUGGGAGUUUCAUCACUCAUGCCUCAGAAGCUACUACUGCUUCCAGUAAAGAGAACUGUGUGAUGUCUGAGUCUCCUCUUGUUGUCACCUCGUCAGAAAAUCCAACAUCCUUCACCCUAGUGCCUACCUCAGAUGUUACUGCUAAUACAAGUCUCCCUCGGUGA